AUGAGUCACUUUUGGAGCCUAAUUUGGCAAAUAAUAGUAACAAGCGAAGACCUCAGUGCUACUGAUUCACUAACCGGCAGUGCCGCAUGCUUGAAUACAAAUACAAUCACAGCUGCUGAUUUUCAGUGCUCGGGGACACCGCAUAUUGCCUCAUCUUCCGUCCUCGUCUUCCGUCGUUUCCGGAUUAUUAUUGUUGAGAGAAGGUGGCGCCAACCCUGCUUAGUCACUCCACAGUCCAACUUCCAGUGGUUGCCUUGUUACCUGAAAAUUUCGGCACCCUUUCCACCUGCAACUCCUCAGGCAUUAUUAGCUCGUUUAUCACCGAGUAUAAGUCCAACGCGUUCGACAUCGAUUUUCUUCUCCCUCGUCGCUACUCGCCCAACCCCAAAACUCCUCCUUCUUUUAUUCCCGCGUUUCUCUUGGUCGUCUUGCGACUCAUUUACACUGGAGCAAUACCUCGCGCCUCCCCAGCUCAAUCAUCGGCGGGGUUCUAAUACUAGCAAUUACGAUAUGGGCGACGGUUCUGAUUAUCCUAGCCCAAGAAGUGAAGGUGCUAGUGGUCCGGCAGCCGUGCUCGUCGCUACGCAGGAUUCUUUCGCCGCUGUUUCGAAGAUGAACGACCAAAUGUCUCCCAAUUUCAUGGAAGGGGCUCGUCCGCGACUGUCGGUGAGACGAGCGCGCGAUCCGCCCAAGAACGCUGUCGGCCAGAUUUUCUGCGACCAUGCAGAAUGCCAGCCGAGCCCUCCAACAUUUCGCCGUCCUUGUGAAUGGAAUAAACACAUGGACAAACACGACCGGCCUUAUAAAUGUUUGGAACCUGGAUGCGACAAAAUACAAGGUUUCACAUACUCUGGUGGCCUACUGAGGCAUCAGCGCGAAGUGCAUAAGAAGAACGUCAACGCCAAGAAACCUCUCAUGUGCCCUUAUCCUGACUGCAACCGCAGCACUGGUAAUGGGUUUACGCGUCAAGAGAACCUGAAAGAACACCUUCGACGGCGCCAUAUGCAUUCUGAGAACGGCCACGCACCAGAUCUCGCGAUCGUUCCAUCACCUGAUCUUGAUGGUGCCACCUCUCUACAGGCUGUGAAACGGAAGCGAGAUUCGCUCGACGAGGACGCCACCGAUCCGGCUAUCACUUUUCCAGAGGAUGAGGAGAAUGGUGUGGACAUGCGAGGCGAACUCAAGCGACUGCGACGCGAAGUCCAAGAGAAGGAUCGCCGGCUACAAGAGCUCGAGCGCAUUGUAGCUGGCUUGCAGCAGGUCAUCCCACAGCCGCAAGCUACCAUUUCCCAGGGGUAA